CGCCAAUUGUAUUUAAGACUAAACCCUAAACCCUCGUUAAAAUCUCAGAACUUUGUCUCUUCAUCUCUUUCGAAUUCUUCCAUUUGUUAAAGUGUCGAGUGUAUGAUGGUUGAGGAUGAAUUGGCCGUUAUGAACCCAGAGAAUGAGGAUUCCGACCCAGAAACUGAAUCGGAAGAAGGAGAUGAAGAAGAAGAUCAGCAAGUUGUGAAGUUGGCUGAACCUUCAAAGACUGCUGUAUAUAACAGGGAGGGUUUGCUUGAAAGGCUGGGAGAUAUCAGUUGGCCUGAUAAUUUAGAUUGGAGUCACAGGCUUAACAUCGACAGGGAAGAGCAAGAAGUGGUGGAUGUGAAUGAUGACUUGGCGAGAGAGCACUCUUUCUUCACACAGGCGUUGGAUGGUGCACGCCAAAUGUACCUCAGCUUUCAGUCAAAGGGUGAACCUUUUCUGAGGCCGGCUGAUUAUUAUGCGGAAAUGGUGAAGACUGACACUCACAUGGAGAAAGUUAAGGGCCGACUCUUAGCUGAGAAGAGGAAGAUGGAGGAGUCUGAAGAGAGGAGGAAGGCGAGAGAGAACAAGAAACUGGCCAAGGAAGUACAAGCACAGAAGAUGAAAGAUAGAGCAAAGCAAAAGAAGCAGGAGAUUGAUUCCGUUAAAAAAUGGAGGAAGCAGAGGCAGCAGAGUGGGUUCGAUAAGGAGGGUGCUGCCGGCCUGGAUUUGCCUUUUGAUGAAGAUGGGACUAAACCGUUUCAGAGAUCAAAUAAGAAGAGACCUGGUGUAUCUCCUGGAGAUCGUUCAGGGGGAAAGGCGGCAUUUGGUGGGAAAACGUUUGGUGGAAAAGGGAAGGGACCAGACAAGAAGAGGAAAAGCAGGGAAUUUAGGGACUCCAAGUUUGGAUUUGGUGGGAGAAAAGGUUUAAAGAAGCAGAACACUGCUGAGACUACCAAUGAUUUCAAAGGAUUCCAAAAGGGUGAAGUUUCUGCAAAAAACAAACGCGCUAAGAGAUGAUUCUGCUUAUUACUUGCUAGAGUUUGUUCUACUAGACUAAAGUUAUUCCUUUGUAAUGCGGAUGAAAUUAAUAUUUAAUAGAGAGCUUUUCAAACAGAAUGAAUUAAUAUCUCUUGUAGUAGAAGUUUUUGCAAAUUGAUGGUCAAUUUGCCCGGCUUUGAAACUGAAUGAUACCUUACCUUUGUCUUCCCUAUAUCACAUUAUAUACCAUAUUGAAGUGUAACUUUUCCUC